UUGUUUAAAAAUACAUUUUGAUAAUUUUUUUCAUAACUUUAUUAAAAGUAAUGUAAUAUUAUAUUUAAUAUUUAUACAAGUGCAAGAACUUAUAAUGGAAGUAUGUGACGAUAUGAAAACAAAGUCAUGGUUGGGUACCAGUAUAUCUGAUUUGUGUAAAGGAAGAAAUCCUUGGAGUUUCAGUGUUAGUCCUGUUCAUGCUUCAAAAUAUCAUGCAGUACUGUACAACCUACCAGUUACUUUUAAGUCACCACCGGCGCCCUUCUGUAGUUCACAGCCGCAACAUUGGGAUGAGGAUCAUGUGCGAAUGCCUUAUUCGGAGAAAAAUUUGUUUCCAAUCAAAGAGAAUGGAACUGAUGUAAUUAAAAUAAGAUGGAAUUUAAUAAGGGACACUUUAUCUAGACCAAUUAAAAAUAGUAGAGAAUUAGAAACGGCAAUAACGUCCUAUAAUAGUCCACUUCCAAGAUUUCUGGCGCUUCACUACUUCUUUGAGGAGAUUUUGUCUACUGAAGAAGCAGGAUUCUUUUUCAAUGAUCUCCUGCCGAAAAUAAUCAAAUUAGCCUUACGACUGCCAGAAAUUGUCCCAGGAAGUUUUCCUUUAUUAAGGAAGAACCACAACAGGUCUGUCAGUUUAUCACAGUUACAAAUAUCUUGUCUCUUGGCUAACGCCUUUCUGUGUACGUUUCCAUGGCGGAAAGAUGUGGCUAGUACAUAUCCGGGAGUAAAUUUUGUAAGAUUGUACGCUGCGAAUUCAAGGCCAAAACGUCAAAAUUGCGUUUCGGAAAAGUUGAAAUGUUUAAUACAUUAUUUCAGAAGGGUUACAAGUAAAGUCCCUUUUGGUGUUAUAACAUUCGAAAGGAAAUUUAUACCAAGAGGAAGCAUGCCCAGAUGGGAUGUGCUGGAGAAUAACUUGGGAAAUACCAAAAUACACAUAAACAGUUUUGGAACCAUAGAAGACGACGGUCUAGGAUUUUUGCAGGUCGAUUUCGCUAACAAGAAUGUUGGUGGUGGAGUUCUGGGAUAUGGUUGCGUACAAGAGGAGAUACGAUUUGUGAUUUGCCCGGAACUGAUAAUAAGCAGACUUUUCGUGGAGCAGCUUGGUGACCAUGAAGCUGUUGUCGUCACAGGGCCAGAAAGAUACAGCAGAUACUCGGGUUACGGCGAUACUUUUAAAUGGGAAGGGAAUGUUCAAGAUAGUACCCCACACGAUGAAUACGGUAGACGGAGAACUUCAAUCUGUAUCAUCGACGCUACUCACUUUAAUAAACCUAUAGAUCAGUUUUACCCAUCCGCGAUUCUGAGAGAAUUAAACAAGGCUUACGUUGGGUUUAGUUCUCGAGAGAAGGAUAAUUUGGCCCCGGUGGCGACUGGAAAUUGGGGCUGCGGAGCUUUCCGAGGAAGCUCCGCCUUAAAAUCGAUCAUACAGUUGAUGGCUUGUAGUGCGGCAGGUAGAGAUAUGGUGUAUUUCUCUUUUGGAGAUGAGGAAUUACGCGAUGAAUUGUACAACAUGCACCUCUUUCUAGCCAACAACAGAGUGACGAUCACGCAGCUGUGGAGGUUUUUGUGUGGGUUUGCAACUUUAAAUCUUACGCAAGAGAAACUGUACGCUUACAUACAACAGGCAUUUUUUGACGGUAAAAAACAGCCGACGAUAAAAAAAUUCUUUGGGAUUACCAAUAAAAAAAAAGAAAGUGAAAUUCCAUCUACGUCUAAUGGUAAAAGGGUGUACAACACGAAAAAAAAAGAUCUAGAAAAACCCGACGCUAUGGAUUACGUAGACGACGAUGAUAUAAUACCCCCAACUCCACCAAAUGAACUGUUGUAUAAGAGAGAAAACGUCAAAUUUAAAAUUAAAGCUUCAAACGAGGACGUUAGUAGAAAGCUACCAAAAACCGACAUCGCUGAAUUGAUUGAUAUCAUCGACGGUAACAUGAACAAACCAAAAGUGACCAACCGGGAAGAAUCUUUCUUGAUGGAGGUGGACAAAUUGCGAAGAAAUAGUCUAAACAGUGAUACAGAAGCGAGUAGACUUUCUAAAGUUGGAGAAAACGAAAAGGUGGAUGUAAAUGAAAGUGUAAAUAGUGAAUCGCCAGUUUUAAGUAGCCCCACCGCAGAAUCAAAGUCCACAAAGAGGAAAAUUACAGAUUAUUUUCAGAUCAAAUCGUCGAAAUCAAGUUAGCGUUUGUUUUUGGUUUAUUUUUAAAUAUAUUUGUUACAAAAUCA